UCCGUUCGUGACGCAUGGCUUUACGCGUCAUCGCCGCUGCGCCGUACUGGAGGAGCGGCGCCGUCCCCGCUAUGUUCAAGGUAAAGCAACUGGUGGCUGUUCCUGCUAGCUUGAGCUUACUUGCUGUCCAGGUAUGUGCUGCUGCUCCCGAGAAAGAAGCUUCCAAAAAAAACUUACUGAAAGUUGAUGAGCUUUCACUCUAUACCAGUCCAGCUCCAAAAUCAAAAUAUGUGGAAGACCCACGAACGCAGUUGGAGGAAGGCAUUGGUUAUCUGCGGCACUCUCUGGAGCCGUAUACAGCCUGGUUUCAGGACUUUUCUGGCAAAGCCUCACCAAAGGUAGAAAAAGCAACUGAAUAUGCUAGAGAAGGCUUUGUGCUUCUGAAAAACCCACCUCCAGGAUUUUAUCCAAGGCUUGGUGUCAUAGGUUUUGCGGGUCUUGUUGGAUUGUUCCUGGCUAAAGGUUCCAAAAUAAAGAGGUUUGUGUAUCCAGUAAGCUUCAUAGGGAUAGGUGCCUCUCUCUACUAUCCACAGCAAGCCAUUGCGAUUGCUAAGGUAACUGGUGCUCAGGUAUAUGACUGGAGUCUGCAGGCAUACAUAAAUAUAGAAUCUCUCUGGAAAGAUAGUCCAAAAAAGAAAAAAUCUGCAAAAGCAAGUGACAAGGGUGAUAUGGAGAGUGACAAAACAGUGAAGGUACAAGCAGAAAAAGCAAUAAAAUAGAAUUCUCUAAUGCUUUUAAUUUAAACAGGUGGACAGAAAGCCUCCAGAAGAUCAAUGCUUUACUAGAAAAUCACAAACUGUGGUGACUGUGAAUAUCGUCCACCUGUGUCUUGGCUCAGGAACAGACUAGCCUUACAGCCUGUCUGAAAGCACCAUGCCUGAAUGUGGAAGGACACAGCCCUGUCUUCUGCCAGCCUUGAAUUUUAGGUCAGAGUUCUAGAAGAUUACUCGCUCAUAUUUCAGAACCUGGGCCUACAUUUGCCAUCCUGAGCUCUACUUACAAGGAAGUAUGUUCCACUGAACUUAAUAGGACUUAAUUCUAAUUUAAUUUUUGGGGUCGGGUUCCAAACUGAAUUGCAAAACUCCUCAAUCUCUUGUUAUUUAUAGGCUUAAUUAAAAUGAAGAUUAAAAACAUUGCCUCUUUUUCCCCCCUCA